GUCCGUGGUCCUGAAAUGCUAAACUGCGACGCGCGCACUGACGGGAGCGGUCAGGUUUUAUGGAAGGUCUCCCCUGGCGAUGCCUAAACCACAGCUGUGUGUCUGUUAUUCACUCACGUUCGCAAAGAUCAGCUAACAUUCUCAGUCUUAAUUCCACUCUGCCACUCUGCCGCAGAGCACAAUUACGCCGGCGCGAUGGGAGGAGACCAUGUUAAGGCAGGAAGCUAACAGCAGCCGCUCACCUGAGGCCUAGGAAGCUCCCAAGGGUUCUGAGAGCUAUGAGCUCUGAUCAGCAAAGUCACCAUUUUAGACAGUAGGGUUCUUUUGCUUUUUUCCUUACACAAGGGUUCGAUGACGUUUCUGGUCAAUCUGAUUAAAAGACAGCGGAUUUGAUUGCGAUAAGACUUCAAAACCGGGAAUUUACGUUGUUUUUCGGUGAGGUGACUUCCAGAACAGGGACUCAUCAGCACCCGCCCAAAUACCACGGCACUGCGCGCGCCCUCGGCCACCGGAUCCUCCCCUUCCAAUGAGACUUUGUGACUGUGUGUACCAAUUCUCCUAUUAGGAAACCCGUGGGCUGCAUGCAGCUAUUCUGUUGUACUCUCUUUCUCGCUCUCCCUCCCCUCUCCAACUCACAGCCUUGCUGGAAAGCUCACCUCUGCUGAGAAGAAAAAGCUCUACCUUAACCAACUAAGACUAUGCUCAGAAUUCGUCUUUCAUAGCCACUACAAUUUAAAUCUGGUAAGGCUGGACACCAGUCUUUACAAGAAUGGAGUCGGUAAAACAAAGGAUUUUGGCCCCGGGGAAAGAGGGGAUAAAGAAUUUUGCUGGAAAAUCCCUCGGACAGAUCUACAGAGUGCUGGAGAAGAAGCAGGACAACCGAGAGACCAUCGAGCUGACAGAGGACGGUAAGCCCCUGGAGGUGCCUGAGAAGAAGGCUCCGCUAUGCGACUGCACGUGCUUCGGCCUGCCACGCCGCUACAUCAUAGCCAUCAUGAGCGGCCUCGGCUUCUGCAUAUCCUUCGGCAUCCGCUGUAACCUGGGCGUGGCCAUCGUGGACAUGGUCAACAACAGCACUAUCCACCGCGGAGGCAAAGUUAUCAAGGAGAAAGCCAAAUUUAACUGGGACCCCGAGACCGUGGGGAUGAUUCACGGAUCAUUCUUCUGGGGCUAUAUCAUCACCCAGAUUCCGGGAGGAUAUAUCGCAUCGCGGCUGGCUGCUAACCGGGUCUUUGGGGCUGCGAUACUGCUCACCUCUACCCUCAAUAUGCUGAUCCCAUCUGCAGCCAGAGUGCAUUAUGGAUGUGUCAUCUUUGUUAGGAUAUUGCAAGGACUUGUGGAGGGUGUCACCUACCCAGCCUGUCAUGGGAUAUGGAGCAAGUGGGCCCCUCCUUUGGAGAGGAGUAGGUUGGCUACAACCUCCUUUUGUGGUUCCUAUGCUGGAGCAGUCAUUGCAAUGCCCUUAGCUGGUAUCCUUGUGCAGUACACUGGAUGGUCGUCAGUAUUUUAUGUGUAUGGUAGGUCACAUUUAUUUACAAUAGAAGCAAUGGAAAAAUUUAAGACCCCAUGGAGGAAGUUUUUCACGUCCAUGCCCGUCUACGCAAUUAUUGUUGCAAACUUCUGCAGGAGCUGGACUUUCUAUUUACUGCUCAUCAGUCAGCCAGCCUAUUUUGAGGAGGUUUUUGGAUUUGAAAUCAGCAAGGUUGGCAUGUUGUCUGCGGUUCCUCACCUUGUCAUGACAAUCAUUGUGCCUAUCGGGGGGCAAAUUGCAGAUUUCCUAAGGAGCAAGCAAAUUCUCUCAACAACGACAGUGAGGAAGAUCAUGAAUUGUGGGGGUUUUGGCAUGGAAGCCACACUGCUUCUGGUUGUUGGCUACUCUCAUACUAGAGGGGUGGCCAUCUCCUUCUUGGUGCUUGCAGUAGGAUUCAGUGGAUUUGCUAUCUCUGGUUUCAAUGUUAAUCACUUGGAUAUUGCUCCAAGAUAUGCCAGUAUCUUAAUGGGCAUUUCAAAUGGCGUUGGCACGCUGUCGGGGAUGGUCUGCCCUAUCAUUGUUGGUGCAAUGACGAAGAACAAGUCCCGUGAAGAAUGGCAGUAUGUCUUCCUCAUUGCUGCACUUGUCCACUAUGGUGGAGUCAUAUUUUAUGCACUAUUUGCCUCAGGAGAGAAACAACCUUGGGCAGACCCUGAGGAAACAAGCGAAGAAAAAUGUGGCUUCAUUCACGAAGAUGAACUGGAUGAAGAAACGGGGGACAUCACUCAGAAUUACAUAAAUUACGGUACCACCAAAUCUUACGGUGCUACCUCGCAGGAGAAUGGAGGCUGGCCUAAUGGCUGGGAGAAAAAGGAAGAAUUUGUGCAAGAAGGUGCGCAAGACGCGUACACCUAUAAGGACCGAGAUGAUUAUUCAUAACGACGCUAGUUGCUGGAUUCAUUUGUAGUGUUUGUGAAUCAAUUAAUUGUGAUUGCACAAAAUAAUUUUAAAAAUGUGGUGUGAACAUGUAAACAUAUCAACCAAGCAAGUCUUGCUGUUCAAAAACAAAAACAAAAAAAAUCUGAAUUCAAAACAGACCAUAAGAUUCCCAUCAAGUGCAAUCUGUGGCAGUUGUCACGUUAUGCCGUCUCCAUUAAGGCCAUUUGUCCUUUCGUUUGUGAUUUAAAGGUUUCCUGUAGAAAUAAGUAGGUAUUCGUUGGACCCAUCACCAUGUUAGAGAGCACAACUACAACAGUUGGCACAUGCCAUCCUACAGAAGUUAGGAAGCCAAAGCUACUGGAUUAUGCAAACUGCACUUAUUCAUUUAUUACACUGGACUGCAAACUAUCCCAGGGAAAUCCUGUCUAGAGACAUAGUGGAACAGGAAAGAUGGCUAGAUCGGGUAUUGACUAUAAUCAUUAUGUGUCUAUCAUGGAGUGGCUAUAUCUUUCAAUGAAGAACUAUAUUGUGUAGCUAGCAAAUUGUACUGAACUCUUACUAGGAGUGCACAGUGUGUGAUAUUUUGUGAUCUUCCAAAAGCUUAUCUUGCAGUGUUUUGUGAAAUGCUUGGGCACAAACACUUAUUUUUAUGAAUGAGAGCUUGUAAAGGGAGGGGUAUGCUCCAUGCUCCCCCAUUCACUACCUGACAGUAUCAAACCCUUCACAUUUCAAUAAAAUCCAACUUUCAUGUAACAUAUCACAUAAUUUUUUUUUGCAAAAAAAAUAAGAAGAAAUAGACUUCAAUGUAUUUUUUAUUACAACUUUGUACUGGUUGUAACUUACAUUAGGAAAAAUGAUUAAUAUAUGUAUAAUCAUAAAGAAUCUAAUAAAAAUUUACUAUGAUGAUAUAGCCCUUAAAAUGCAAUAUUAACAAAAUAAAUAGAAAAUUUAGAUAAUCUUCCUUGUUAACUAGAGACUAUAUGAAACUCAUGCCACAAAGCUAUAUAUAAUAUGAAGAGAUAAACAAUAGAGAUUCUAUAUGUAGACAAUUUUAUUGCCUAAUGUCCCACAUAAGAGAUAUUUGUCUUGAGUAUAUAGUACAAAAUAUAUUAAAAUUAUAUCUACAUCCCUGUAUAUCUUAUACAUAUCCACUCACACAAACAUAACAAAUACUUUUCACACAGAACCAAAAACAAGCAUACACCUAAUGUUGGGUUUGGGGAUUGCAAUUUCUACUUUCAUAGAGUCAUAGAAUUUUAGAUGGAAAAAAAAAGCAUUUUGCUCGUCAUUUCUUAAUAUAAUUCAACUGGAACUGCAACAUUUGUGUACCAAGCAAUAAGUGCAAAGCAUAACACCUCCUGUUUGUAAAUUAUCCCCAUGUUGCUUGUGGUAGCAGUGAUUUCUUUCUUUUAAAAAAGUUAACCUCAGAGCUCUUUCUAAUGUUUUGCGCUGAUAAGAAUGCACAUCCCAAUUAAAUGCAAAAUGUCACCUGGUGUGUUUACCUGUCUGUUUUGGGUAUUUGAUCUGUCUGGUGUCCUGUGCUCUUGACUGGAGGCCCUGCUACUGCAAAUAUACAACGUGAAGUUUGUUUCUAAAUGCAAACCACUCCUGACCUUAAGGAACUGAAGUCCCUCUCUGCUUUGUGUCUCAAAGUACUAUCAUGUGACCAUAACCUUUGCUGUGCUGAGUAAAGAGAUGUGAACUGUCAUUUUGUUGCUGCAAAACAAGUGUUAAUAAAAUGUUCUAUUUACC